GCUAAAAUGAACAGGUAUGGGCACAGCACUCCUCUACUCCAUUUCUGCUUAUUUUUCUUCUUGUUAUCUUCUGUGGUCUUCUCUGAAUUACCCUCAAACCAAAAAACCACCAUGAUCAGUCUUUCUAAGGCCAUCAUGAAUAACACAGCUUUAAUAUGGGAUGUGACCAAAGACCCAUGUUCAUGGAGAGGAGUUACGUGCGGCCCCUCUGGGAAUUCUUCCAUUACCGAAAUCUCUUUAUCAGGGGUUUUCCUCUCCUCCUCAGAUUUUCUACCUCUUCUUUGCCAGAUAGAUUCUUUGGUGAGUCUUGACCUCUCCGACAACCAUCUGACCUCAAUCCCAGAUAAGUUUAUCACAGAUUGUGGUGCGAUUGGAGGGCUGCAGCUCUUGAAUAUUAGCAGAAACUGGUUAGGUGGUACUCUGCCUACGUUUAAUGGUUUUGUUGGGUUGAAGUUCUUGGACUUAUCUUUCAAUUUCUUGAGUGGAAGCAUAAGUUUACAGUUUGAAGGAUUGGUUGCCCUCAAAAGUUUGAAUCUUAGUUUCAACCUUUUCAAUGGCCUCAUUCCAACCAACCUUGGGAAAGCCAUGGCUAUGGAGCAGCUUCAGCUCUCAAAGAAUUUAUUUGAAGGUGGAAUCCCUGAUCAAAUGAUCGAUUACCUGAAUUUGACUCUGGUUGACCUGAAUCAAAAUAAGCUUUCUGGCCCUGUUCCUGUUAGAAUUGGAGACCUGUCUAAGUUGGAAGUUUUGAUUUUAUCUACCAAUUACUUGAGCGGGAAAAUCCCAGAAACCCUUUCAAGUAUCAGAAGCCUUUCACGUUUUGCAGCCCAUCAGAACAAUUUUGAAGGUACUAUUCCUAGUGGACUUACAACAUUCCUCAGGAACUUGGACCUUAGUUAUAAUAAGUUAAGUGGGUUGAUUCCUUCAGAUAUGUUGUCACCAUCAAAUUUGCAGACUGUAGAUUUGUCUUAUAAUUUGUUAACGGGGCCGAUACCUUCAAACACAUCUCCAAGCAUGGUGAGGUUGAGAUUGGGGAGCAAUUCGCUUAAUGGGACAAUCCCUACUGCAACAUUUGGAAAACUUGAGAAAUUGAUGUACUUGGAGCUGGAAAACAAUAGCUUGACUGGGUUGGUACCUCCAGAUUUGGGUUCUUGCCAGAAUUUGAUGUUGCUGAAUUUGGGAGGGAAUAAACUGAAUGGUGCAUUGCCGGGACAGUUGGGUGGACUUAGCCAACUUCAAGUUAUGAAGCUUCAGUCGAACAAGCUGGUUGGAGAAAUCCCAUUUGAAAUUACCCAGCUACAGAAAUUAUUAAUAUUGAAUAUGAGCUCGAAUUCGCUGAAUGGUUCGAUACCCUCCACGAUUUCGAGCUUGCGAGGCCUCGCGAACCUGAAUUUACAAGGUAACAAUCUCAGUGGUUCAAUACCCUACACUAUUGCCAGCAUGGAUUCUCUGUUAGAACUCCAGCUUGGAGGAAACCAACUCAGCGGUUUCAUUCCAAGGAUGCCAGUAAAGCUGCAGAUUGUUUUAAAUCUCAGCACCAACCUCCUUGCAGGGAAAAUUCCAGAAAGUCUUUUACAACUUACUGGAUUAGAAGUUUUGGAUCUCUCAAACAAUAAAUUGUCAGGAGAGAUACCAUCACAUCUGACUCAAAUGGCAGCCUUGACAAAGUUGCUCCUUUCGAACAACCAGCUCUCUGGAAUUAUUCCAAAGUUAAGUCCAUGGCUUACGUUUGAUGCAAAUGGAAAUAAGGAUCUUAUUAACGCUACAACACCAAACACUUCACCAAAAUCAGGCAAGAAGGGAAAAUCAGUUACAACAGCUUCGGUUAUUGGGUUCGCUGCAGUUGGGGUAGUCAUUGGCAUUGCUAUAUCAUACAAUUUUUACAAGAUCAAGUUUUAUGUAGCCGUCGUCAAAUACCAUGGAAUCACGGCAGCGAUUAGAACCUGCCUUUGGCGAAGCAAAAGCAACGUUAUUUAGGGUCCGAAAUCGUAUACCAAACGAACCCUUAGAUUUUGUCAUAUAUCAUUUUCGCAGCUUGCCUGGAUAAUCUUAUAUAAGUGAAGCAUGCUUUCUAUUGAGA